AUGGAGCAGCCAGCAAAAUACGUGAAAUUCCGUGAAAAUGAACAGGACCUUCUCGCAGCGUUUAUCACACGUAAUGCGGAGGCCCUGGCGGCCAAUGUGAUUGUGCUGGGCUACAAAUCCGUGGGCAAAACGCACGUGGUGCUCCGGCAUCUCGAGAAUCUCGGCAUCCGCCGAACCGUGCUUAAUUGUGACGAAUUCAUCACCCAGAAAAUCCUUCUACAAAACUGCUUGCACAAAAUCAAGGCAGAUAGCAGUGUGGACUUGUCCAAGUAUACCCAGAGGUACAUGUAUAAAGGCUUGGAAGUGGCCCGUCUCUCGGCUUUAUGUGAGACGUUCGCUCAUUUUCUCAUGGCACUCGACCAGUUCGUCCAGGAGACGGGCUACUCAGAGCCGCAUGUUUUGGUUUUGGAUAGGUUUGACCAGUGCCUCGAGGCUACAGACGACCUCUUCCGAUCAUUUGUCCUAAUGCGGGAAAACUCGGCCAUCAGGAAUAUCAGCGUGGUAUACGUAAUCUCCAACCAGGCACCACACCAAGUAUCCACUCUAGAUGUGCCUUGUAUUCCUUUCAUGCCUUAUUCACUAGAACAGGUGACAGAAAUUGUGGCGCAGAACCCGUUCACGGAAGUACGAGAGGGGAAAGUCAACUAUACAUUCUGGGCCCAGUUCGCCAAGUUGGUGGUGGAUUUGCACUUUGAUUACACGGGCUCGGACCUCUCGCUCGUGUGGGACAUUUGUCUGAACCUCUGGCCUCUUUUUGUGGCAUAUGCGCAAGAAGAACAGGAUUUCUUGGCCAUAUAUAGAAAGCUCAAGCCCGAGCUCGUCAAGGAUGAGGUGAUUUCCAACAGCGCAGUUACCAUGUACGAGACAGGGUUCUUGGAAGAUGACACCAGUGCGCCAUACGCAGACUUGCCGCACCACUCAAAGUUCAUUUUAAUCGCCGCUUAUUUGGCCUCAUACAACGACCAGAAAAUGGACGUGCAGUUGUUUUCCAAGGUGAAGUCCCCAAAGAAGCGUUCGCCGCGGAAACUGCCGGAAAAGUCUCACGACUCGCCGCUCAAAAAUGCUGCCAUCGACUCGCGGCUUCUAUCGGCUUCUUAUUUUGACCUUGAGCGCAUGAAGGCCAUCUUAUCUGUCAUCUACCGAAACGAGUCGCAUACUCUUUCAAAAGACAAUCAGGAAUAUUUCAAUUUAUACCACGAUCUCACUGAGAGGGACCUUGCCAAGAAGGAAACUGAGUUCAACACGUUCACGCUUAAUAAGAACGUGGAUCUCAACGUGCAGAUCGCGACUUUGGCUGGUUUAGGUUUGAUCUCAAGCACGUAUUCGAAGGAUCCAUUGAGCAACAAGAUUCGCUGGAGGUGCAAUGUGGGCUGGGAUGUGAUUGACAGCAUUGCACAGGACAUGAAGUUCCCGUUGCUUAACUACACUGUGGAAAAAUAA